UAACCAAUCAGGAAAGCAGAACAUGCCAAGAAAGCAUUUAGGUGCACUGCUUGUUAACCUCAUGAGAAAUCUUUCUCGGCGAAGUCUAUAGAGCAGGGGUAGGCAGCUUUUCCCUGUCCGGGGCUGCAUCGCUUAUGGGUGAUCCGUUGGUUUGAGGUGAGGGGCAGACCCAGAGUGGGGAGAGCCACGGCUGAAUGUGGGUAGGGCACCCCUUUUCUUCCUGCCAGCCCCAUUUCCUCCGCCUCCUUCCUUCUGAGCCACACAGCAGGCUGCCAGGGAGGGGCAGAGGGUUCUCACCGGCAGCCCGGACUGAUGGCACGCGGAAGCAUUUGGCAUUCAGCUGCGUGCCAUCGUGCCAAGGGCCGCCUGGGUCGGCCUGUCCUCGCUCGGGGUGUCAGGCCGAUUAACCGUACUGCUUCGCUCUUCUUGCAGGUGACGCACGUGCCGUAAGCAUGAAAGCAGCAGGAAAAUCUUGCGUGCAUUUGGGCUUCCUUUUGGGAACCAUCAUAUCCUUCUGCUUAGAAGGAAGAGCAAACAUGACUAUGACUCCCUUGACAACAACAGAAAGCCCUUCCGCUUCCACUCACGAAACCACAACGAGCUCGCCCCCCACACGCAUGAGCUCGCCUCCUACUACACUGGCUCCCCAGGAGACGACAAUGGAUACGAUGCAGACAACUACACCUCUAAAGUCCUCCUCCCCAGAGACAUCAAUGCCAUCUUUUGCCUCAGCCUCUCCAUCGGAGGCGACAGCAUCCUCCUUCACUCUCUCUGGUACGGGCCAAGAACAUGCGACUCCUGGCGAGGACCAGAGUAAAGCUGAACUCUGCGAAGAAGGCAAUAAAAGGCUACUGCUCAUCUGCCUCAUCGUCAUCGGGGUGCUCGUCUUCAUUUGUGUGUGCCUGCUCAUGAUCGUGGUGGUCAUGGCAAGCAAGCUGUCCUUCAUCAAGAGAAGGCAGCCGGGCAAGCGCCUUCCAAGGAGCAACGGGGACUUCCUGAGCGCUAGCAGCUUGUGGCCAGCGGGACUAGAGACGCUGCAGAGGAUGGCCAAUGAGUCGUCAGGCACAAACCCCACGACCUCAAGCUUGGGGCCACAGAGGGUGGCUGCAGGGCAAGGAAAAACAGGGGACCAGGUGGGCAAGAUGCUUGCUAGUGAGAUAUCAGACAGGCAGAGGCACAAGGGGUUGGCGGAAAAGGAAACACCAACGACGACGCGCAGUGGUGCCAUAACCAAAGCGGAGAUUUAAGCAUCGCUCAGAUCUCCCAACUGGGUGCGCAGGGGGCGGGAGCUUGAAGGCUGCAUGCAGAGACGUUUGGUCCCAGGUAUUUACAAGCGGCUGAUAACUUUCCAGGUGCUACAGGUCAUAAGGCAUUAGCUUAGAGUCAAGCGCCCAUAUUACUUCAGGUAUCAACUAGUCCUCACAGCUCCUCAGUACAGGCGCCUUUGAACGGAGAUCUGAAUGCCGCGUGAGCAAGAUGUCAGCAACUUCUGGAAAAGCAGAAUGGACCUAGCAUCCACACGCACCUCCAGUCACGGUGGUGGCCGGCAGGUGCAGCUGGGCUUUUGACAUAAAGCCUCUGGAAAACGCAUGCAGGCACGCAGGUGCGCUCUUCCUGCGCUAGAAUGUGUGAGUAGGACCACGGCGGAGGUGUGAACUCUCAUCUGCCUGACCCCUGGUCCUUCAGCCUCAUGGGACUUACAGAAGUGCUUCUCCUGUAAGACUGUGGAAGGACAUGUCGCUCCCAUUCUCCCAAGCCUCGGGGUUGUUUAUGAACUCCUAGAGGUCAUUUUCUGGCAGACUUCCCCAAAAGUGUCCUUCCAUCAGGGUACUAACAGGUUCUGCUCCUUUCUGCUUUGCCCUUUGAUACGAAUGCUUGCAUAGAGAGAGAGAGAGAGAGAGCAAGGAACGUUUCCAGCUCAAACCCUUUUGUUCUGCCUUGUGUUCAGGGAGGAACUUGAUAAGGUCCAGAAAAAACAAGCAUUCGGGAUCUUUUUAUGGGAUUGCACCCUGAACACAAUCCACCUGGGAUUUUUCUGCCCAAGCACCACAGAAAUGAACUUAUUACGAUCAAGUUUAUGUUCAGAUUCUGUAAUGUCGUUUCUUGUAAGUAAUUUAAAACAAAUGUGAGUGUGUUGAGUAUGCAUUCAUGAAAGAAAGGGACAAAAAGAUUAAAAAGUUUUACAGGAGAUUUUGGAACCACCUUAUCUUAAUACAUAUUAGGACGCUGAUACCAACUAACCAAUUUGUGGGGUGCCCAAUUUGUUCUCAACCAAAGUUCACAAGUUCAAAUAAGUUUUUUUCUUCCUUGGAUUUCUGCUCUGCUUGAAGAUGACCUUCAUUUCUAACAUGAACCAAGCAAGGCAUCCUUUACAGAUAAUUUCAACAUGAAUGCCAGAUUUAAUUAAUUCAAAUUUAAAUGCCAAUCCAAAUGCUUAGAUUCAGAUUGAACCAAUUGGUUUGAAGAGGGCCAAAAGUUAGUAUUAGAGAUCAAGGUGAAUUUGAAUCUGGGAGGAACUGAGAAUAAGAACUCUUCAAGUUCAAAUAACUUUACCUCUAACAGGAACCAAGAACGGAUCCUUCCACACUCAGACCUUAAUCCACUGUAGGCAGCAAGAUACGGAUCCAGAUGGGCCUCUGGUCAGAUCCAGCAGGACUCUUCUUAUGUUGCCAUCAGGUACAUUUGGAGGGGAAAGAUCUGGACUUCAGAGGUACCGCACAGAGAGUGGAGGGUCCCAAGCUGAACUUGGUGUUGGUCGAGUGUACGGUAAAGGGGUGGGGUAGCAGUUAGAUUUUUUUAAAGCUGCUUCCGCCCACCAAACAUCAACCCCAAUUUCUAAGGAUUGUUGGGUAGUAAUUCUAUAAAUGCACUUGCAGGAUUAUGGGCAUCCCAUGGAAGAUGGGAGAUGCUUGGAGGCUGCGAUUGCCCUUGAUUUCCAGGGAUUUCGGCCAUCUAAAUGCAUGUUUCUUCCCUGCAAGGGGGAGAGGCUGAGGCACCACAAGGAUCCCUGAGGAUGGGUGCUUUGCACUUCCCUUCCCUACCUCCACUAUCAGUUCUGCAGGGAUGGAAAGUACCAUGCUGAGUAGAAGAGGGCCUCCAAAAUUGGAGUCCAGCUCGAUUUCCAAGCUCUCGGCUAGGACACUCACCAAUCCAAGGCCCCCCUAGGCAAUGUUGGUAGGUCUCCGGAUGGCAUCCCCAAAGUAUCUUCUCUUUUUAGUUGCCAUGUUUAAUGACAUUUAUUCUCAAUAAAAUCCAGCACCAUGUGGCAUUAUUUUGAGCCAACUUUACCAAGUGCAGUAGGAACAACCAGUAAUAUACAAGACUACAGAAGGAGUAACUUGGCUGAAAGGGGAAGGGAUGGAUGCCCAUUUUCCUGGGGCCGGGCCAGGCUACCUAUUUUCAACACCGCUGGAAAAAUCUAUGUCACAGGUCCACAAUCUUAACCAACUCUGCUGUCAUGCCUGUAGGCACCACGAGACGUACUAGCCCCGUCUUUCUUGAGAAAACCUGCUUGCAAAGUUUGUUAAAGUAGUUCCACUACAAGGCCGAAAGGGAAUCCGCUAAACGUGCAGAGUGCGUUCCUACGCAUUUCAGAAAGAAAAGACCAGCCAGGAUGCAAGUUGGAGGGCUUUCUCUAAACAUGCAUAGGAUUAAGCCUUAGAAAUAUCUGAAAUACAACGACGCUGACCCAGCAAUUCAGAUUUGAACCCAGAGGACUCACUUGGUGUAUUUAUUAAGCUAAUUGAUCGCCCAUGCUCAGCCCAAAAGGGACUCUCUGAGUAGCUGACGGGACAAAACCAGGACCUCAGCAAAGAGGAAAACCCACUGGACAACACAAAUCAUCAAGCGGCAGAGCAGUCAAAAGUUGGGAUUAAAAUUGGGAUUAAAAGUGAGAAAAAGGCAG